CAAGUUCAAGUUAAUGAAGGUAUCAUACAAGGACAAGUUGUGAGUAAUCCGUAUGGAUGUCCCUUCUUCAGCUUUAAAGGUAUCCCUUACGCUGAGCCACCGGUUGGAAAUCUGAGAUUUCAGGCCCCCCAACCUAAGACACCAUGGGAAGGAAUUCACAAUGCGACAGAACAUGGAUCACAUUGCUACAAAUACGAAAUGUUCACAAAUGAAACUAACCUGCCCACCGGAAGUGAAGACUGUUUGUACCUCAAUGUGUAUAGUCCAAACAUUGUGCCGUCAACACCCUACCCUGUUAUGGUAUUUAAUUAUGGUGGUGGCUUCGUGAGCGGCAGUGGCGAUGAUCAUGCAUACGGACCACAAUUUUUGGUAAGAAAAAAUGUAGUCGUUGUUACCCUUAACUACAGACUUGAAAUCUUGGGUUUUCUCUCUCUGGAAACAGAUGCUAUCCCAGGUAAUGCUGGAAUGAAAGAUCAAGUGGCAGCAUUAAGAUGGAUAAAAGAAAACAUUAGAAAGUUUGGUGGUGAUCCUGAUAAUAUUACGAUAUUUGGGGAGAGUGCUGGUGGAGUAAGUGUCUCAUUCCACUUAGUAUCACCCAUGAGCAAAGGUCUCUUCAAACGAGCUAUCACACAAAGUGGUACGCUAACCUCGUGGUGGCCAAACACGUUUGGAGCACGAGACCGAGCUUUGCUACUCGCUAAACAACUCAGAUGUAACUCAACAGACGACAAGGAACUUUAUGAGUUCUUUAAAGCGCAACCGAAGGAAAAUCUUGUUAAUAAAAGAAUAUCGGUUUCAUAUCAGCAAUCCACAAAAGACACUCUGGAUGUUUCCUUUGGUAUUGUUUCAGAAAAAGAAUUUGGCAAUAAAGAAAGAUUCUUUUAUGGACAUCCAUUCGAUGUACUUAGACAAGGUAUACACGAAGGACUGGAAGUAAUGAAUGGUUACACAGAGGACGAAGGAAUACUGUAUUUUGCGACGGGUGUUGACGCAGACAGAGUAUUUGAACAGGCUAAUCACUUCUUAGAAUUCUUCGUUCCCGAUACAUACACCUUAAAUAUUCCUCUAAAUACACAAAUGGAAAUAGGUAGAAGAUUCAAAGAUUUUUAUAUGAAGGACAAGACUGCGUCCAAGGAAACUUUGGAUGAUUUAUUAAAAUAUUUUAACAUGGAACUGUUUGUAUAUGGAACAAUUAGUCAAAGCAAAAUAAUUGCAAAUAAUAAGAAUAAAAAUUAUUUGUACAAAUUCACUUGUAAAUCUGAGAUCAAUUUGUUUACGUUCUUCACAGGAUUAGAUCAACUUUUUAAUUAUAGAUCCGUUGUGGCUCAUAGUGAUGAUCUCGGUUACAUAUUCCCAAUAGCAAAUGUUGAUAUGAAUUCAACUAUAUUUAAAAUGAUUAAACAGGUAGCAACCCUAUGGACGAACUUUGCGAAAUACGGUGAUCCGACGCCUGAUGACAGCUUGGACGUCAAGUGGAUGCCGUUUACAGUUGAAAAUCAAGACUACUUGGAUAUUGGCGAGAAUUUAGUUCCUGGGACACAUCCGGAGAAAGAAGAGGUGGAAUUUUGGGAGAGAAAUUUCAGGGAAUUUUUGCCGGAAUAUGCUCCAUAA